UUCAAGGGCCAGUGGGGUCCUUAAAGACUUGUUUGGAGGCGUGACGACACAGUACUCAGUCUCACGACAUAUAUAUACCAUGAAACAACAAAGCAAAGAGAGUCAGCAGUUGCUGAACAAGAUGGAGCCGGGGGCUUUCGAGAUUGAAACGCAACACGGCCAUGAUAAUGGGAAAAGCAUCGGAGCCAAAACAUGGGACGAGUCGAAGAAGAUGUGGGAGAUCGCAGCGCCGGCGAUUCUCACCGCCGUGGCGCAGUUCUCUAUUGGGUUUGUCACCAUUGCGUUUGUGGGACAUCUUGGAGAGGUCGAGCUUGCUGCUGUUUCCGUUGUGCAGAACGUUCUCGAGGGAUUUGUCUUUGGGAUAAUGCUAGGAAUGGGAAGUGCGCUUGAAACACUAUGUGGGCAGGCAGUUGGUGCUGGACAAGAUGAGAUGCUUGGAGUCUAUCUGCAAAGAUCAUUCAUUAUAACCACUGUCACAGCCUUGUUGCUGUUACCUCUUUACAUUUUCACGUCUCCGAUAUUAACCCUCCUUCGACAGGACAAAAAGAUCUCAGAGCUUGCUGCGAAGUAUGCUCUCUGGGUUAUUCCUCAGUUGUUUGCUUAUGCGCUGAACUUCCCAGUACAAAAGUUUCUACAAGCACAGAGCAGAAUAUGGGUUAUGACCACAAUUUCCAUAGUGGUUUUGGGAUUUCAUGUUCUUUUGAACUGGAUAGUUGUGAUAAAACUUGAGAAAGGCCUGCUUGGUGCUGCUAUAGCAGAGAACGUAUCGUGGUGGAUUGUCGUUUUAGCUCAGCUUGCUUAUGUAGUCUCCGGUUGCUUUCCCGAAUCAUGGACUGGAUUUUCAUUGUUGGCGUUUAAGUCCCUUGCUAGCUUUGUGAAGUUGUCACUUUCAUCGGCUCUCAUGCUGUGCUUGGAGCUAUGGUAUUACACUAUUGUGAUCCUUAUGGUUGGCUGGUUAAAACAUCCAGAAAUAGCUGUAGAUGCUAUAUCCAUUUGUAUGAAUUUGGAACUGUGGACGCUGAUGAUCACGCUUGGUUUCAAUGCUGCAAUCAGUGUUCGUGUCUCCAAUGAACUUGGAGCCAAUCAUCCUAAAGCUGCAGAGUUCUCUGUACUAGUAGCUAUUGUUACAUCAACAUUGUUCGGAGUUAUAUUCACAAUAGGAAUUCUUGCAACUAGGAGCUUUUUCCCCAGAUUGUUUUCUGAUAAUCUUGAAGUCAUAAAGGAGACAUCCAAAUUGGGCUAUUUAUUGGCUGCAACUAUUUUUCUCAACAGCAUUCAACCAGUACUCCAUGGGGUGGCAGUAGGGGCAGGGUGGCAGUUGUGUGUUGCAAUGGUAAACCUCAUAUGCUACUAUAUUUUUGGCCUCCCUUUUGGGGCGUUGCUCGGAUACAAAUUUGAUCUUGGUGUCAAGGGAAUCUGGUUGGGAAUGUUAGCUGGUUGUCUGCUCCAAACACUGAUGUUGAUGCUGAACGUGCUUCGAGUUGAUUGGAAUCAAGAGGCUUUACAGGCUGAGGAACGGGUCCGGUCUCAUGCUAUGACAGCUUUGCCUCAGAAUGAUAGUACAGAAAGUGGGAUUAUAACAGAGAAUCGAGGAACUGGGAGAAGAGCAGAGAAAUGAAGCUUGUCAAUAUGUUGCAGUAAAGGGUAAAAAUGUUGUAGUUUGUGAUGGUUUUUUAUAGAGGAAAAGUGAAAGUGAUGAAGGUCAGAUUUUGAAUAAAAAAUUGUUUGAGCAUUGUUGGUGGGAGAGAGCACAUUUUUUGUAGGGAUUGAACAAUGUAAGAUGCAUGAAUUAUUCUUGAAAAUAUUUCGCAUUGUUACCAAGUUUGACA